AUGAGGUUUGGGUGGUAUUUGUUGUCAUAUGGGUANGAACACAUCAAGACUGCUGAUGGUCAAACCAGCAGUAUUCGUUUACAUAUUAGUAAACGAGGAGCACUUGGCCCUCCACCACCACUAUCACCAGCAACAACAACUGUUCGAAACAAUGAGCAUAACAUACAACGGGUGACAAUCGUCGUCAUCAAUGAUGACCGUGCUGGUCUGACGGUCGAUGUCGCAUCGACCAAAAGUGAUAAUGAUGCGUUCAACAUCAUUAUCACAAAUAAUUGCAAUUGA